AUUCCAACCCCCAAACGGCCAAACCCUCUGCAGUUCGUCGCCAUGGUUGUCGGCGCCUUCGGCGAGGCGACACCGCCACCGGACCUCCCACCUUCCCGCGUGUCCGUCUCCUCGCCCUCGCCCCACCCCCGCCGACGCUGCGCCCUCGCAAGCCGCUUCCAGGAGCCGGCGGCCCCGCGGCGGCACGCAUGGGUUUCCCUCCAGGGUCGCCUUAUCGGUGCCGACGAGGCGUCGUGUGCCGCUUCAGCUGCACCGGGCCUCCUCCCGGAUGAAGCGGUAGCGUGGGAGCUCUUCAGCCCGCUCCAUCGCGUGCUUCUCGUCGCCACCGUCGCCGCCGCAUCCUCCCGGUCCCACGCCGCCCGCCGCAUCGAACAGCUACAACGCUCGAUUCAUCUUAGGGAUGAGGUGCUAGAAAGCAUGCAGCAGAAGCUGGAUGAUCUGCUCGUCGAAAUGAGCUCCCUACAACAGCAGUACGUCAAGUGCGAUAGUUACAUUUCCGAGGAAAGGGAAAUUAAUGAGAUUGAAACAGGUAGCAAAACGAUAGGAUAUGGAGAGGAAUCUAGAUGUUGUGUGUGCACGAAGCUAGAGGCUGCCACUCCUCAGAAGGCGAAGGAUCUCCGUGGGACAGAUGAUGCUAGGAGUGAUAUGGUUGAUUGUUCUAGUCUAGUUUUCAUGGAUCAUGAAGAGCGCCGUUUGUCAGACCUCUCAGACUUCUGCCGGAGUGUUGUGUCAUCAGUUGAUAACCAGAUAAAUUGGGAUAGUCAGCUAAGUUUCCUGGCAGCAGAUCAACAAUUGUACAAUCUUCAGAAGGAAUGUGAAGAGAAAGAUGCAACCAUCAAGGAACUAGCUGCAGCAGCACAUGCAUCUAGUACUUCUGAUGCAAAGAGAAUUGCAGAGCUGCAGGAAGUUCUUAAAAGGAAAAACAUGGUGAUCUCUAAAUUGAAGAAAGACAUGUCUGCUCUGAAGCAUAUGGUUGUUGAAUUGUCAAGGGCUAAAAGAGUCUCUUCUGCCAUAAGUCCAAUCUGCACUGAUCUGCCAGUGAUGUCAAACAAUGUUCUGUAUGAUAUGAGCAGUUCUAGCUCAUCAGAUCCAGAAUCCCCAGUUGCACUACGAGAAUACCUUGAUGAGCAUCUUGUUGAUAGCACUCCAGGAGAUGGUGAUUCUAGACGGAGUUGUGAAGUAUCUGUAGCAAAAGCAUCUCUUCCAUCAAAAACGUCAUCUGUUCACAAGCUGCGCUCAACUAGCCCGUUAAAAGAGAUCCAUAUUAAUCCAAAAGUAGAAACAAAAUCAUUUGGCAGACAGAAGCAACCUACAUCUUCUAAUGGAGAUUUUAAAAGGAUUAGACGACAAAGUCAGCAAGAUCCAAGGAAUAAAGCUACAAGAAGAUGGAUGUAGAGUUUAGCCAUCUAGAAGUCAUUACCUGAUUGGGCGUCAAUCACUCAACACGAACCAGCGGCGGUGCUCUCUGCACAGGGGUGGACGGCCCGCGGCUAGGGGCCGGACGGUCCGCGGUCCGCGGCCUGGCGCGAGGCUAUGGUUUCCUGCCUGACGGCCGGACGGUCCGCGCGUGCGCAGGGGCGGCAGAAGAUCGCCGACGGCGCCUGGAUCUCGCUCCCGGGAGGGACCACGUCGGGGAGGAGAUCCUAGGUGAUGUCUAGGCUCGGCAGGCCGACCUAGACUCCUCUAAUCGACGUAGAGUCGAAGAGAAGCGGAGAAUUUGAUGAUUGAGAGACUAAACUAGAACUAGACUAGAACUACUCCUAAUUGUACAGGAAAUAAAUGCGAGAUAAAAGUGUUAUUGAUUCGAUUGAUUAUUCC